CAGAAGCUAGCAGAAAUGUUUUUCUUGUUCUGUUUGGCCUAUUAUGAGCAGAGUCUGUGCUUUUUCCUAACAGAUGGAUGACUUGCAAGACUUUACCUCCCGGAAUAUUGGAGAGAAUCACAGAAACCUUCACGGAUCGUUUCCGUUUUCCAUGGAUUCGAGGGGCUGUAAAGAUCGAUAUCAGCCUCCUUCCGCCAAUCAUCUUGCUUCCUUUUUUCCUUCACAUAGCAGCCUUGCACUUCCUUUUGGCCCUCAUUAUCCUGAUAUCGCUUCCUAUACUAGUACUAUGGUAUUACUACCUCACACAUAGGAAGAAAGGUCAGACUCUCUUUUUCUUAAGCCUGGGCCUAUUCUCCCUAGGUUAUAUGUACUAUGUAUUUCUCCAGAAAGUGGUUCCCAGGGGCCAUGUGGAAUACAGUCAGGUGGCUCUUCUUACUUGUGGGUUAAUUCUGAUGCUUAUAGCCCUACAUCAAGCCAAGAAAGAUCCUGGCUAUCUUUUCAGCCAAAUGAACAGCGACAAAACACUUCGCCAAGACAGUUGCAGUAAUAACAUGUUCAAUAAGAAUGGCCUGGGAAACUCCAAUGGGCUUUGCAGAGUACCUGUCUCAGGUGUUGCUGUACAUACUAACACUGAGAGCUACUCCGGAACAUUGGAAGCAGAGACGAGCCAGGGCGCAAAAGACUGGUGCACCAUAUGCCAGUUGGUUAGACCAGCUCGAGCUGGACAUUGCCGAAUAUGUGGCAGGUGUGUGAAGAGACUGGAUCAUCACUGUGUUUGGAUUAACAACUGUGUUGGAGAACAGAACCAUCAAGCUUUUGUCCUUGCCCUCUUCCUUUUUCUAGUCACUUCAAUGUAUGGAAUUUCUUUGACUUUGGAUACCAUUUGUAGGGGGAAAAACACCCUCAGUGCUCUGUUCUACUGUCCUGGUGUCUAUGGAGAAUACAGUUCAGCCCUGACCUUCACCUGUGUAUGGUAUUGCGCCAUUGUAACUUCUGGUAUGAGCUACAUCCUUUUUCUUCAGCUCUUGAAUAUCAGCUAUAACAUGACUGAGAGGGAAGCUCGCAUUGCAUUACGGGAGAAUACUGGAAGGAGAAUGUUAUGGGGCAUGAUGGUUGACACGGGCCAAUAUAAUCAAGGUUUUCUGUACAAUUGGAUCCAGUUUUUCACCUUGCGCUCAUCUGAUCUGCAGCAGUCUGCUGAAGAUGUCGUAUGAAGGAGUUUUUAAUUUAUUAACUUAACUUAACUUAUCAUGUAUCUAAAGGCAUUCUGGGAAAAUAGCUCUCAUCUCUUGCAAAUGAAGACUGGAGCACAAAGAUCCUUUAAAGCCAUACAGCAAACUGCAAUACCACUUUCUCAAAAACAUGCACAUACCAAAUGUUUUGUAGGAAGACCUUGGUAUGAUUGAGACGGUUUAUAUUCUUCACGCCAUACCUAUUAGUGUCAGGUGAGGAAACGGAAAUAUAAAAACAACCAUCACAAGUGAAAGAAGCAGAGACUUCCCUGUUGAGGUUAAUGUGACCUUGAGGUUUUAGCAUUUCCUUGAAGGCAGCUCAUACUUUUUGUUCUCGGCUCAUUCUGUGGCAUAUAUGGAUAUAUCAAUCAGGUGGUCAGAGUAUUAUGCUGGGAAGUUAUAGAUUGUUUCUUUAUAUGUAGAGUAGCACCCCCAGGUACACCUCCCAGGAAAGAUUCAAGAAAUUUGACUCUAAAGAGGAGCAUUUAUUGUGAAGGCAAGGGUAUUCAACUCAGAAGAGUUUCAUACCACAAUCAUACCACAAUGUCAGUUAUGAAUUAGAUACAGU